ACCUCAUCCCCUGCUCUUCUCUCUCGCGCCUACUCUACGCUACCACUGUCGCUCGCCGCUUCCCUUCCCAUCCUCUCUCUCUCGUGCUGCAUCUGCACCUCUCUCGUUUCUGCGUUCCGCCCCUCUCAAUCUCUCUAAAAACUACUUUUAUUAGGGUUCUGAUCCCUUUCUAGGAGCUCCUGGAUUUGUGGUCGGGCCCAGGGUUCAGGGGUUGCCGAGCCGGCCGCUCCGGGGCCGUCGCGCCGGCGGAUCUGAGGAGCCGCCGCGGUUUCGCUUGCCUCCGGUUCUUGUAAACUUGAUUUAUCUGGAAACGCUGUGAAGAAAAGUUUGUUGGCGACAAACAUAACUGCUUCUAAAGUUGGUUUGAAGUUUGCCGAUAGCAAAGGUCAUGGGCGCUCUCUGUGAUUUCUGCGGGGAGCAGAGGUCCAUGGUUUACUGCCGAUCAGAUGCAGCAUCCUUGUGCUUAUCAUGUGAUCGUAAUGUGCAUUCAGCUAAUGCUCUUUCUCGGCGCCAUACAAGGACCCUUCUGUGUGAUCGGUGUGCUUCCCAGCCUGCCAUGGUCCGCUGUCUAGUAGAAAAUGCCUCACUUUGCCAAAAUUGUGACUGGAAUGGCCAUAGUGCUGGAUCCUCAGCUGCUGGACACAAAAGGCAGACUAUAAAUUGCUACUCAGGGUGCCCGUCAUCUGCAGAACUUUCAAGAAUCUGGUCGUUCAUUUCGGAUAUUCCUAAUGUAGCUCCUGUGCCGAACUGUGAGCAGGGAAUAAGCCUGAUGAGCAUCAGCGACAGUGGUAUCAGUAAUCAAGGCAAUGCUGCAGGGGACAAUAGUUUGUUAGAUAUAGCUAGUGCAACACUUAUGAGUGAUCUUGAUACUUGUGACAGGCCUAAGUCUCUGGUAGGUUCAUCUUCAGGAGCUGGUGUGAACCUGCUUCCACUUGCUACUGAUCAGACAGCUGGAUCCAUGGAUUCUUCAACACCUAAGGGUUUCCUUGUUCAGGUGCCCUAUACGCCAGACAAAGAUAUGUUCAGCAAAGACAGCAUAUAUGAAGAUUUUUGUGUGGAUGAUGUUGACCUGGCUUUUGAAAAUUAUGAAGAACUAUUUGGCACCUCUCAUAUUCAAACAGAGCAACUCUUUGAUGACGCUGGAAUUGACAGCUACUUUGAAAUGAAGGAAGCGCUUGCUGGGAAUGCUGAUGAGCCCAAGCUGAUGCAGCCAGCCAAUAGCAAUGCAGUAUCUGCUGACUCUGGGAUGUCGAAUCCAGGAGUGAAAGGUGAUUCCAGUGUUUGUAUCCCUGUGAGGCAGGCUAGGUCCAGUCUAUCUCUUUCCUUUUCCGGUUUGACUGGUGAGAGCAGUGCUGGAGAUCAUCAAGAUUGUGUGGUAUCAUUGUUCCUUAUGGGUGAGCCUCCUUGGCAUCCUCCUGGGCCUGAGGGCUCAUUUGCUGGAGCUAGUAGAGACAGUGCUAUCACACGAUACAAGGAAAAGAAGAAGAGAAGAAAAUUCGACAAGAAGAUCAGGUAUGCUUCUCGCAAGGCUAGGGCAGAUGUGAGAAAGAGGGUCAAAGGACGGUUUGUUAAGGCCGGUGAAGCAUAUGACUACGAUCCACUCUGUGAAACAAGGAGUUACUGAAGCAUAUGGCCAUCAUCCAGAGUUAGGAUAGCAAACUUAAACCAAAGGCUUGUUGCAGCUGGCACAAAAGCACCGACACUCCAAGCAACUGGGUAAGACCGUGCCCAAAAUGAAAAAAAAAAAGAGAUGAAGCAGUGACAAAAAGGCAAAAAUAUUUGAAUGUUUCAGAAGUUUUUGCAUGCCGUUUCUCCUUUUCCUUCUGUACAGUGGACGGAAUUCGCAUCUUUUGUUGCUUUUGGAGGAGCGAUUUGAGUCACUCUCCACCUUUUGUGAAUUAGUCCAAUACGACCAAGCAGACCCUUGCAUUUUGAUCACCUUUCUGCUUACUAAUGAUGAUGGUGACAUCCACCUACCCUUGCUGUGGUGUUUUUGGCGGUGUUCUUCCCGAUUAGACAAAGACGGCGGUAGAUGUGACCUAUGAAAUCUCCUCCUGCGUUGUUUAUUAUUAUGUAAAUUUGGAGUGCUCGUGCAGUUAUGAAUGUCAGAAUGUGUAAAUACCAGGUCGGAGACAAACUGGUGGUUAGUUUGAUAUUUUUAAGUUGGUGAUGGAACUCAUGCUACUGGCACCAGCUUUCUGGGCUCCCUCUGCCCAAAUCAACCAUCAGACUGACCCAGUGCUAUUAUUUGUAUUUGUAACAAAAUAAGAUAAUCCAUCGAUCGAGAUGGCCUUUCACAUUUUUUGUGGAAAGUAUUGUUGUAACCAGCUCAGAAGAAAUGCUACCUCAUAUUUUAGCU